AUGGGAAAGAACAAGCAAAGCAAGGGCCCCGACAACGUCACAGCCAACGGGAAAAGCAACGGCGAGAUCAACACCAACGUACCGUCCGAAGCCACGCCGGGCAUCACCAACUUGAACGGCAACGCUCCUUCCACCAACGGGCGGGGCGCUUCCUCAAUGGGAGGAGAAGACAACACGAGGUCCAGGGAUUCUGGAUUCAAGGAGCCGCCUAGUCCUACCCGUACAGUUAGAUGGCCUGAUUUCCAGAGUAGCGAUUUGGAAGUUAUGGUGGCGGGGACGACUGUGUUCCGAUUGCAUCAAGAAAUCAUGGCGGCCCAUUCCAAGUUCUUUCAAGAACAGUUGCAACUGACGAUCGAUAGCCAGGGGCUUGUGAUUGCACCUCGGUCAAAGGACGUUCCUGUGAUCGUACUACGAGAUAUAUGCGUCGAUGCAUUUGUGAAUGUCUUGUCGCUUGUUUAUCCUCCACUCGCGUCUGAAAUUCACCACUCUUCAAGCAGAAGAAUUACUACAGACGGCACAUGCACUCGGAUGCCCGGGGUCAUCCGAUCCGCAAUCGACAUACUAAUACAAGACCCAAAUACAACCCCAUUUUACUCUACCAAAUCGCCAAGAGGUACAUGCUCGGACUACAACUCCAAGCUUUCGGAGGCUUGUACCGCACUCGUCCCUGAGCGACGACGAAGGACUAGCGCUCGGGGCAGCGCCGACGGCCCAAAUCGCUCGGUUGAGAGAGUACUGGCGCGCCGGAUAUUCGCGCGCUUCGAGCCGUGCGGUCAGAGGUGUCAACGGCCGGGAGCCAAACCGCAUCGCGCGGGCGACGAGUCCGAGCUCGUCCAGUGGAGCGGGUACAAGUCGUCCGAGUCUGCGGGGGCCCGCCCGGAAUUGGGGAGGUGUCAACAGGUUAUUCUCGAGGCUCUCAAGGCGGUGUUUAAUGUCGAUGGGCCCAAGAGUGAUUUUGAUGAGCAUGUGAUCCAGGCGGAAGCUUCGGUCAUGUGGAAUUUGACCGAGUGGCUACGUUAG